AUGGCCUCAAAUAUCACACCAAAGAGACUCCAAUGGGCUGGCCCGACUGACUGGGAGGAGAAGCGUGGCGUCAUCACUCGUCUUUACAGCUCAGAGAAUCGACCGCUUAAAGAGGUGAUGGAAAUCAUGGAACGCGAAUAUGGCUUCCACGCCACCAUGAAGAUGUAUAAGCAUCGAUUCAAGCGCUGGGGCGUGGUCAAGUAUGUCAAUGCUCUCAACGCCAGGAAGAUUGCACGCCUUGAAAGGGACGAUGACUUGCAUCACUCGAGUAGGGGUGCUCUGGUUAUAAGGCCCCAAGCAACCGAUAUCGCGACUCCCAUGGCGUCCACCGCCAGAGCCAAGUCGCCGCAUCCGCCAGCUGCAAAUGGUGCCGAAUUGCUACCUCAACUAUACACUCGUGUUUCUUCGCCUUUCAUUCGGGAUGAGAGCGCAUUCCACUCUGUCAAGCUAUACUAUGACGUCUCUUUCGGCUCUUCCUCGACAUGGACGCAGGUAUCGCCAUCAUCAGGCGUCGUGGAGGUCAAGCCAAACCUUCCACAGAUCCGGGACCAGCUGCAGGAUUUACAUACGCGAUUCCGCAUCGCCUUAAACAAGCUCACGGUUAAACCGACCAAUCCGGCCGAACUUGUCGAAGGCAUCAAAAUCAUGCGAGUAGCCUUCGCACGCCUGCCCUUGGUACUAGCUUCCGAGGACCCCAUUCUAAUCAACCACAUCUUGGACCUUGUUCGGCGGCUACAAGACUCCGGCCAGACCUAUCUCGAAAGCCAGUUGCGGCGCCACAUUGCCGCGCUGGCCCAGGCUCCGGGGCAGCCGCAUAGUACUACUAUAAUCUCCAGGAUCCUCUCCUCUGGAUUUCCCUUAGAUAGAGAUCACCGAGUUUUGUUGACACAAAUUGUCGUCGAAGAAUUCCGGCAGCAUUUGGGUCCAUGGCAUUUUGAGACACUCCAGCUCGAGAUGUGGUACCUAUUUAAUCGCGAGCAAGACUGGCAAUCUCGAGCCCAUGUGCUUCGCCGGUUGUAUGCAAAGGUGGAGGCAGGUGUGGGUAAGGAUGUCUUUGAUGAUCGACAUUUGGAUAUUUUGAUGAACCUCUCGAGUGCUCUCUUGAGGGCCGAAGAACCGGCACAGGUUUUGGAAGUGACAGGACAGGUAUUUUCGGACUCAGCCCGGCGGUGCGAACUUGAUAAGCACCCUGAUCACGCGUAUAAUUUUUAUUGGCUGUCCGCCAAGGCGUUGGGGAAACAAGACAAACAUUUGGAAGCAGAAAGUUACGUUCGAAUGGCAAUGGGCAUCGCCAAGAAGAGAGUACAAGAGGACAAUGAUGACGACGUAACUUACUUAUCAGCCAUGGAAGCCUUGGUGACCAACUUGCGAAAUCAAGGCAGAUUGAGCGAUGCGGAUGAAGUGCACAACGAGAUGCAGACUUGGAUUCGAAACAGCCUGGAAAAGGUAGGAGAAAAGGAGGAUGCAACAUAG